GGUAUUUCCGUGAGCCCUCGCGGGGCGGCGCGGCCGUUGGCGGGCGCGAGGGAGCGGCGCCGCGGCGGCAGAGCCGCCACCUCGGUGGGGAGGAACCGCGAUCCCGCCAGGCAGAGUGCAGAAGGCCGUUGCCGAACAGGGACUUCAGGGAGCAGUGGCAGAGCUCAGGGAGGGAGCGCAGGAUGACUCAGCAGGGAGCUGUUCUUCAGGGUUACAAUAAUGAACUAGUGAAAUGCAUUGAAGACUUAAGUAUGCAACGAGAAGAACUGAACAAACAAAUCCAGCAAGCAGAAGAGGAAAGGAAUAAACUCCAACAUGAAAUCCAAGUCCUGAGUGAACAGCUAGAGCAUGUAUGUGAAAACCUAGCCCAGAAGGUGGCUUCACGGAAUGAGCUUGAUAAAAUCCUUGCUGAAACUGAAGCUGCUUACAUGAAGAUUUUGGAUAGCUCUAGAACUUUACUUAAUGUCCUGAAGAAGGAAGUGGGAAGCUUAAGGCAUUCACCGGAUCUGAAACCCAAUGUAACGUGAAACAGUCAAAUGUUUGGACUCUACAGUGCUAAAAUUCCACUGGGUGAGAAAUGUGGUUAGCCACGGAACCUUACAGCAACAGUAUAAGCAGAAAGGGAUUUUCUUCCAACCUUUCUGUAUGUUUUAUUAUUAUUGCUUUUAAAUGCACUAGAAAAUAGAUUAAAUAAAGUUGCUGGUUUGCUUAAAAAAUCUAAUUACUUAAACACUACAAAAUUAUAUUGCAGAAAGGUAGUUGAGGCAGAUAUGAGACUGUCAGUUUUGACAUGGUGAUGCUUCAAGACUUCUGAAGACAGCAAAAGAAAGGCAUGUUUUAUUGGUUGGCUUCAGAUGGCUAUUGGUAGACUCCUGUUAGAAAACCAGUGGGUGCAAGUAGAUCAUCUACUACUUUUUUUCACUUUACAAGUUGUUAGGCUUUACUGUUGGACCAAGUAGAAAUUAACUAUUUAACUUCCUCUGGGAGCUUGGAGUUCUGUCUGAUGCAUGCACAAAGACAGCCCUGGUUUACUCUCAUUUCCUACCUGGAAUAAUGGAGGGAUAAGGUGAGGAAACAUGACUAAUGCAGAGCAUGGAGGCUUAAACUAUAAGACUGUGAUUCAUGCAUCUUCUGAAGCUAUUCUCAAAAGCUUUGUUUAGGAAGGAGUGUAGUGAAAGACAGGUUUGGUGCAAGUGCACGUGCCUCCAAAUGCAGGGCACAGCACCACAGGCAGCUCGCCAUGUAAACCUGGACCAGUAACUCGGGUAAGGAAAAGAUGACUAUUUCAGAAGUGACUAGAAGUCCUGAAAAAAUUACUGGGUUCAUUUAAAAAUGCAGAGAUAAAUACAAGGCCAAAGAAGACAAUCCUGGUUAAAAGCUAGUAAUAGAAUUUCUGGGAACCCUUUUAGUGCCUUUUAGCUCUAUACUGAUUAUUAAAUAAUUGUAACAAGGUUGUAAAGAAUAGUGAACAUCCUGGAAUGGUGAGAAAUAAAUACAAAUGAAAAUGAGAAGUGGUUUGCGUCUUGUCAGGCUUUCUUACACAUGACAGUAAAGUAGAACUUAGUUUAGGAGGAGGACAGCAAGGCAGAAAUCUUGAUUUAAUCCGGUUUGUCUGGUGAACCUCUCUGUAGUUGUGUUCUUGUACAUACACAUGCAUUUUGUCCUGCACAUUUUGUGUUAUAGCAGUAACUUUUUAAGCUGUAUCUUGUAGUCAAAUCUUCAUUCAAUACCAAUUAACUAAAUUGAAAGAAGUGCAAUUGUGAUCUCCUUACUUGAUAAUAGUGUGUCUCUCAGGUGCAAGUAUAGAGGGUAAUGUAAGCGUGAAUUCUUUCAGUAAUAGCUGGUCACCAAUCAAAGGAAACAAAUUUUAUGUUCUUCUAGUUGCCGUGCUACAUGAGGGAUUCGCGUGACCAAGCUAAUCACAGUUUACUUGUAUGGCAUUUCCACUGGCUUUCCUGGGGUAAUGCUGAGGUGAUAAAAUUAGGUAAUCUCAGGGAUACUGCUCUUGUUAUAGUACCACAGCAUUCAGGACCCCCUUGUUUGUGUUACACAAAAACUUUGCUAUGUUUAGUAGCAAAAAGUGAUUUAUUUGACUGAAUGUUUUAUGACAUUGUCUUUCCUUAGAACGAUAGUAGUAACUGAUUUACAACAAAAUAGAAAGACUCAGGAGAAAGUAUUAACUAAAGAAUAGGAACUUACAGUUGCAUAUGUAAACUGCUGCUUCUUACUGUCAGCAAGGUAACUGAAAAUCGUCUAUGAAAAAGAAUUUGUAUCAUGGAAAACUCAUUUACAGAGAACAGCACAAUUAAUUUCUUUUAUUAGUCUCACACAAUAAUUACAGGUUUCUUUGCCUUAGAACAAUCAUAAAUAACGCCUCUUGUUCUACUGAGGCUGUUAAAACUAAAGUUUUAGAAGAAGUCAUAUAAGUCUUUAAAGAAGUCUACUUGCAGCCAUUAUUGCAUGUAAUUGUAGCUAUUACAAUGUCAAAACUAAAAUACUGGAGAUGCUUGGAUUUUUUUGUUACAAAGCUAGGGGGAAAACAUAACUCCUGGCUAGUAAUGUAACUGCUGGGGCCUCCCAACAUUCAAAUAAAAAAUUAAAAUAUUGUUAGAAUUCCAUCAGUGAUCCCAAACUGUAAAAUUUCAUUUAAAAUUAAACUUGAAAAUGAGGAGAAAUAGUAUGUAUCUCUAGGGCUUGCCUAUUUGUUGAAUAACUACAGAGUUACGUGGGAGUCAUUCCACACCUGCAGAGUUGUUACUCAAAAAUAGCACUUACCAUUAUAUUCUGUAUUGACCCAAAUGAACUCACUGUAUCCUUUUAUUGAAGUAGUAAACCUUUUUCACUGUUUUUUCAGGUAGUAUAAAUCUUGACAGAAAUAGUUUUUGUUAAGCAGCUUCAAUUUGUUUAAAAUAGGAGACCCUUAUAGUCAAUUGGUACAUAGUAUUGCCAGAAGAGAAAUGAUAAUGUGCAGAUUGCAGCAGCUCUGUAGGGCUGGCCUGGAACAGAAAGUUUACCUGAAAUAAGGUAGGGUGUAAAUGAUGCUUAAAGCAUCAUACUCAUUCCUGACUUAAGUUUUGUAUCGAAUUUAUGUGACUGUCUGGGUUAGAUUUGAUGCUUUACUUGAGUGCUUUCAAUCUAGGAGCCCUAAUGACAAAAGUUGGGUUCCCAAAUUCAAGUGCCUAAUCUAAAGGGCUGUGUUGGAUGUCUUGUAUCUUACUUGAUAUGUGAGGAGAUGCAGUUUUUGAUACUCGUACCUGUGCUUCAUUCAGGGAUCUAGUGAAAUGCACAUAGAGCACCCUUCUAAAGCUUUUAUGUAGAGGCACCUCUAAAGCAUGUAUGUAGAGGCACCUCUGCCUGGUUUCCAAGUAACAGUAUAACUGGAUAUGGUGAUUCCCAGCUUUUAUAGCAAUGCUUCUUAAAUAUGGACCCAGCACUUAAUAACACGUUUGUCAAAAUAUUUGACUGGUGACUUCUUCCAAGUAAGCUAAGUUUAUUCUGUGUGAUAGAGUUUGGUGGUUAUCAAAGAAACUACUUGUGGCUGGUGUGUUGAAGUAAUUUUCUGUGUGGAAGUGAUUAUAGGAGCCACUGGGUGAAAUGGUCCAGCAGCCAUUCAGUAACUGUCCAAUCCAUAACCGUCUCUUUUUGUUGGUGCUUGCCCUGCAGUUCAGGUACCUCCCCACCUGCAGUUCCUGCUGAUCACCUUAGAGAAAUGGAGGUGAGUGGACUGGGGUUGGCCCUGAUUUUUAGGGUAGAGAAGAAAAAGUAUGGAUGUGGAGCUGUAGUUUGGGAAGACUGGAGCAUGAGGGGGUAUGACAGAAAGACAAGUGGAGUUUCUCCUAA